UCCAAUAUCUCUCGUUUGGUUAAUUUGACUCAAACUUGGAACACAAAAAGCGACACCGUUUUCCUUCUUUCCCCUUGUUCUAAAACUCGCAGUUCGCAGAGAAACCCUAGAAGAAGCAAAAAUGGCAAUUGCACGGACCGGAGUGUACGUCGACGACUAUUUAGAGUACGCAAACACAUUACCCGCUGAGCUUCAGAGGCUCCUCAAUACCAUUCGAGAACUCGAUGAACGCUCCCAAUCGAUGAUGAACCAAACGAGGCAGCAGACGAAGUACUGUUUGGGAUUGGCUUCACAGAGCUCAAAGAAAGGGAAUAAUUCUAAUUAUAUUAACAACAACAAUAAUAAUAAUAGUAAUAAUUACAAUUAUAGUAACUAUAAUAAUAGUAAUGGUAAUGAGGAAGACGAUGCCGCCUUCGAGAAAAUGCGAAAGGAUAUUGAGGCAAAUCAGGACAAUGCGUUGAGUUUGUGCACUGAGAAGGUUUUGUUGGCACAGCAAGCUUAUGACUUGAUAGAUAGCCAUGUAAAAAGACUUGAUGAGGACCUGAACUAUUUUGCUGAAGAUCUAAAGCAAGAGGGAAAAAUAGCCUCAGAUGAACCAGCAAUUCUUCCCCCAUUACCUAUAGUCCCUAAAAGUGAUAAGCGGAAGCCUUUCUAUGGAACACCUCAACCAAAGAGGCUGGAUUACAGUAAUAGGGAAUGGGAUCGGGAGCGUGAUAGGGAUUUUGAGCUCAUGCCUCCUCCAGGAAGCCAUAAAAAGGAAUUUGCUGCCCCCAUGGAUGUUGAGCAACCUAUUGAUCCCAAUGAACCCACCUACUGCGUCUGUCAUCAGGUGUCAUUUGGAGAUAUGAUUGCCUGUGACAAUGAAAAUUGCCAAGGAGGUGAGUGGUUCCAUUACUCAUGUGUCGGGCUGACACCGGAGACAAGGUUCAAAGGAAAGUGGUAUUGUCCAACCUGCAGAAUGUUACCACAAUGUCAAUGAAAUUGCACAAUUGUAGCUGCUUGAUGUAAUUAAUCAUUGUUAUUUCAUUAUCACUUUCAGAGGAAAUAAGUGGGUAAAAGUUUGGUGACUGAUGUGAUUAAUUGAUUUUGUUACUUAAAAGAGUUGUGAUCUACUAAAUUCCCACAA